AUGACAGCCUCACCCUCUGCAAUGCAAACCCGCGCCGAGAACGCCGAAGCGCGCGAGCGCUACCUCAAAACUAACCUCAUCCGCUCUCAGAAAGAGCUCGCGCAAGCGAACAAGAAGAACGAAGACCUCGCGGCAAAGCUGGAAGCGGCGGAGGAAAAGCUUGCAGAAUACAAGCAAGCUGAGACCGACCGCGAGAACGAGCGCAAGAAGGUUGAAGACGACGAGAAGGCGGCGCACGAUGCUGGAGUUGCUCGGUGGAGGGAUGCGGCGGCGUCUGGGGCGAGUUUGAGCGAACAAGCGCAAGCAUACUAUCGUGAUAUGGAUAUGCCUCCCGAAUUGAGCUUACAGGAACAAGCGGCGCUAUGGAUAGCCAAGCUCGAGCAGGAGUCGAAGAGUUGA